CCGGUCAUCAUAAAUCAACAUACGAGCGUAGUGAACCAAAGUAUAAAUGAACGUGUCUGCUCAGCCAUACUUGAGUACCUAGAGUAGUAUUCUCCAAAGAUCAGCCUUCGAUUCAACAUGGCCGCAGAACUUCUAGCUUCUGAAUUUGCAACGACCGUCUCUAGCAAUGACUCAACAGAAACCCACGGGUCCUGUCUCUGCGGUAAAGUGAGAUAUACAAUCACCGGACAACCACGGACAAGAGUUGUGUGUCACUGCCUCAGUUGCAAGAAAACCUCGGGGUCAUCCUUCAUGGCAAACGAGUUCUAUGAUCGCGAGGUAAGCCCGCCUAUAUAUUCCUCUGUGAGAUUAGGAAGAUGGACUUACACACGACACAGCAAGUUAAGAUCCAAGACCCAGAUCUGGUACUCAGGACCUACUCGGACACCUCUCCUGAAUCUGGCAGCGUUCUCGCUCGCAGUUUCUGUGGGAACUGUGGCUCUAACAUGGUGGCUCAAAAUUCUAAACGCCCGGAGGCUAUGGCUGUGGCGAGUGGGACGCUAGAUGAUGAGACGCUUCUUCGGGAGUGGACGCCGAGGUUGGAAUUCUACUGUAAAAGACGUAGUGACUGGUUUUCGGGCCCUGGUCUUGAGGAGGAGAGAAAGUUUCAAGGGAUGAUUUGA